UACAAAUGGAUACAUUUUUUGGUUUUUUGGUGUAAGUGUAGCAUGGUCCUUACAAAACAACAAAAACAAAAGGAGUAAUGCGUUCUGGUUUAUGAUUCUGUGCUCUAAACGAUUCCAUGGCUUCCGAACCGAGAAAAGUAAUUGUUCACUUGAGAGCUACCGGUGAUGCUCCGAUCCUCAAACAGUCUAAAUUCAAGAUUGAUGGAACGGACAAAUUUGCUAAAGUAAUUGAGUUUCUGUGCAGACAACUUCACAGGGAGACAUUGUUUGUGUAUGUCAAUAGUGCCUUCUCACCAAAUCCGGAUGAGUUGAUAAAUGACCUAUAUAAUAAUUUUGGCUUUGAUGGGAAGCUGGUGGUUAACUAUGCAUGCUCCAUGGCAUGGGGCUGAGUGCGGCCAAUUGCUUCCUCGAUGAGCUCUAUCCCAUAAGCACCAUGGAUUAAUGCUUAUGUACAUUCUCGAAACCUCGCUCGUGUAAGUGUUUGACAAUAUAUCAUUUCCCUUCAAAGUCUCUGAUUACUAGGGGUUAGUAUUGCGAUUCUUGUAUAACCCCCUAAAGACUAACAUGAAUUAGUUGGAAUGAUUAAUUUUAUGUGUUAUUUUCAUUUUACCCUUUCUAAAUUUUACAUCUUAUGAAGGAUUAGUAUUGAAUUUAGGCGGUUGUGUUCAUGUUAUUUUUGGAUUUCAGUGUUUUUUAAGGGUUGCAGGGGGAGUCUUGUGCUUCAUUUUACCUGUGACCUGCAGGCUUGAUGUUUUGUAUAAACUAGAUUGAAUAUG